AUGAGAGACGAUUCUAAGACUGGGCCGCAGCAUAGAGGUACUGAGGAAAGCAAGAACUUUUCCCCGGGCAUUCCACCAACAGAGCCAACAACUGCCCUGGUAUCAGCGUUUUGGAGAGACAUCAUGAAGUUUGCGCGUGAGCCCGCUCUGUACAGCUUGGGACAUACAAACGGAGUGGGAACAACGCUGACUCCAAGCGUAGCUGAUGGCGAGAAAGGACUUCGACGGCUACUUGAGGCUACGAUGCUCUCCAGGCGAGAGCAAGGGGACAUAUUGCCUAGCUUGCUAGCCCGACAGUGUUGCGAGUUCUACGAGUCGUUGGACUUGAGCCAUAGGAAGGACUUUCUUCGCACACUGGGGCGCGAUUUUGGCAAGUGUUUGGCCCACCAAGUCGUCGCUUCGGCUCAGGCUUACAUCGACGCGGUUGCUGCGGUAUGUGGUACAGAAAUACCUACGAUACUGCCCAGAGCAGAAGAGACUCUCCGAGAAUCCUUACGUCCACUGUACGAAAAGUUUUUUGAUCAGAUACGGGGCCUGCCAGGUGGGAUGCCAUUCCUGAUCACUAUGCGAUCGAACUUACUGGACAUAUUGAAGCAAGAAGGAAGUGAUCCACAUCUACGGGCUCUGAAUGAAUCAUUGAAGAGUCAGUUGAAACAAUGGUUUGGGAUAGGGUCUUUGGAUCUGGAGAGGAUCUCGUGGGACACGUCUGCUAGCGUUCUGGAAAAGAUCGUUCAUUAUGAGGCCGUUCAUGCCGUCCCAACAUGGCAAGCAUUGAAGCAGCGGCUGGGCCCGGGACGACUUUGCUACGCCUUUUUCCACAAAGGAAUGCCACAGGAACCCUUAACAUUCGUGCAGAUUGCCCUCCUCAAGGAGGUCGCUGGCAACGUUCAAGACAUGUUGAAUAAUCCUCAUCCCGAGGUCAUUGAUCCAACAGUCGCCAUCUUCUAUUCAAUAUCUUCCUCGCAAAAGGGACUCGCCGGCGUAGAUCUUGGCAACUUCCUAAUUAAACGCGUGGUGACAGAGCUGCAGACGUUCCUUCCCACCGUGUCCACCUUCUGCACCCUCUCGCCAAUCCCUGGGUUUCGUCGCUGGCUGACGACAGCGCUGAACCAGGACGUGUCGGAGCUAUUGACUGGGGAGGAGUCUACAUCGAUAAAACGAUUCGCAGGCGAGAAGAAAAGCUCGGCCAGCUCCAUCUUAUCGGUAGGUAAACGUAGCUACUUCUUAGCGAACAGGGAAACACAGGAGGUUCUUCGGCCAAUAUUACUUCGGCUGUGUGCCAGGUAUCUAGUAUUGGAAAAACGGCGUUCGCUCGCUCUCGAUCCCGUCGGCAACUUCCAUAUUCGAAACGGAGCAUGCAUGCAUAGAUUGAACUGGAUGGGAGAUUCAUCCGCGAAAGGCCUAGCCCAGUCGUUUGGAAUCAUGGUGAACUACAACUACAUCUUACCUCUCGUCGAGGAAAACAACCAGGCGUACUUGGUAGAUGGCAGCAUCACACUCACGAACGAGUGCGUAAACGCAAAACCCGACGACGGCCCGGAGAUGACCGCUCUGCAAUGGGCGGUUAAGCAAGCUCCGGAGGCGCAACGAAUGGACGAUCGAGGGGUUGUGAGGGUCAGGAUAGGGCGAGAUAGGGUUGCAAAUCUGUAG